GUUUGUUUAACUUUUAAUAGUGAUUUACAAUAGGAGAAUAAUAUGAUGCACUCACAUGAUACCUAUGAUUUGAGAAGAUAUGCAUUAGCCUUCAUAAAGAAAUCAGGUAGUGCUAAUAAAAUUCAGGAUUUUUUACCGCUUGUAUUCAAUUCAAUACAAGCGAUGCAAAAAGGUUGGGGUGAAAAACAUUUUGAUGAAUUAUAUAAACAGUUUAUUCAUCAACAAGCUAGACAGUCUAGACAAAACAAUACUCAAAAUUUUCAGACUAACGCGGGUUUCCGAGCAAAUAUAGGACAAUCACAAAACAAUACAUGUCAUUUUCAAUCAGAUGCCGCUCCCCAAGCAAAUACAGGACGGCCACAAACCAUUCGCAUAGAACAUGCACAAGUCAAUACACAUUCCUAUUUUUGGGAUUGUUUGCUACUGCAAUGUUGGUUUAACUCUUUAUUUGGUGGACGCAGUCAUGCCGCCAGUAACAUUACUAACUUCAACUAUAGUAACGGUGGUAACAAUAGUGCUAGUUAUGUACAUAAGAAAAAAGAAUCGUAUGAUGGUAGAAAGCUAUUAGCCGCAGGUAUAGCACUUAUAGUUGUGGUUGCUAUCUUUCAUAUCUCAAUGUGUUAUUGGUAUGGUCGCAGCAGAGAAAUGGCAAGAAAGUCAGGGAAAAUAGAUUAUUUAGAUAACACGCUGAAGACGCUUAGAAAUGUAGAAUUUCUAGGCUCUGCUGCUUCUUUGGCCGGUUUAGUAGCUUGUGUUGUCUAUCCAGUCUUACCAACUUGGGGUUUAGUUACUCUCGGCGUUCACUCUUUGGUAUGUUUUGUGGGUGGUUUAGCUUUUCACAUGAGCCAUGAAAGAGAAUCCGAAUAUAUUGAGUUAGCUAAAAAUGCAGUAGAAAGUUAUCUUAACCCAGCACCUAGCACUGAGUUUAAUCCAAAUGCUUUUAGUGAUAAUAAUUCAAGACCAGUACCUUCAGCUCCAGGAGCAGAAUUUCCACAAGCACCACCACCUUACUCUACGCAUGGUCAGACUGCCUUUUAUUUUGGCCCUUUCAGUAAUGUUGAUGUUCAAGGUAGACCACAAAUAGUGAAAAGUUAGUAAAUAUCAAAUGCACCUAAAUACUGGUAAUUUAUACAGUUGCCAGUAUUUAUUCAUUAAUAAAAAUUCCUUUUCUUUGAUUAAGAUUUUUGCUACACUUAACUUAGAUUUUUA